GAAGGGCGGAGGGAGAUGUUUGAGCAGCGGGGUCGCGCGGCUGGAGCCCGGAAAACAGAUAAUAAGAUAAUAGCAACAGCCGGGAAGCUCUGCACCCCAGCCCUGACCCCUGCCCGGGGACCCAGUCACGAGACCCACCCGUCGGGGGCGGGGCUCGGGGGCGGGGACGAGCCUACUCUGCAAGCCGAUUGGCUGGCGGGUGUAGGACGGCAGGGGGCGGGAUUCCCUCGGCCUGGGCCGCCUCGGCCGACCCCUCCCCUCGGCCCCGCCCCCGGGGACCCGGCCCCGCCUCCCAGCCCGCGGCGGCCCAACCCCCACCCUACGCUCCCCUCGGCCUUGGGGGAUCCGAGCUUGCAGGCUCUUAGGAAGGUCCCAGCUACCCUUCGCCCAGAUCUGCGGAACGGAGCUGCGGGUCUGGACUUUGGUCCCAGGCGACGGGACCGGGAUGGCUUCCGUGCGGAUCCGAGAGGCGGAGGAGGGAGACUGUGGAGACAUCCUGAGGCUAAUUCGGCCCUGAGAGCAGAUGGCUUUGGAGAGCAUCCUUUCUAUCACUGUUUGGUGGCAGAGAUUCUUCCAGCCCCCGCUGAGCCGCAAGGGCCCUUCUUGGUGGGCUAUGGGCUGUACUACUUCAUCUACAGCACCUGGACGGGGCGCAACGUGUAUCUGGAAGACAUCUAUGUGAAGCUGGAGUAUCGGGGUCAAGGGAUUGGUUCCAAAAUAAUCAAAAAGGUGGCUGAGGUGGGCCUGGAUAAGGGCUGCUCCCAGUUCCGCCUAGCUGUCCUAGACUGGAACCAGAGGGCCAUGGACUUCUACAAGGCCUUAGGAGCCCAUGAUCUGACUGAAGCUGAGGGCUGGCACUCCUUCCGCUUUGAAGAGCAGGCGAUGAGGAAGUUGGCUGGAAGGUGACACCAUCCCUUAGGGUUCGCCCUGUACGUGUGUGGGCAGCCAACUCAGCACCCGGCAGUCGGCCUAGUGGCACAGUCCCUGCGCCUUCAGUACGUGUCAUGGUGACCGUUCCACAAGGCGGAGCAUCGAGUGGCACCUAUGACUCCUGCCUAAAAGGAAUUUGUUUCUUAUGCUGUUUCUUAUAUGUUUCUUACAUUCAUACUGCUUCUUUUUCUCAUUUGGUGUCUUUUGGGCUCUGUGAUGGUGACAUG